AUGGCGCCCAUCACACCCAGUCAAGCCGAGCUGGACCGGCGGAGAAUAGUCGGCAUCAACAAGGAAACUGUUACCGAUGUAAACUCGACCGACUACCCGGGCACGUAUCCGGGCGAGGAUCACGCCUGGGACCUCGAGAAAUUCGCAAACAAUUUCCGCGUCCAGUUCCACCACAACAGCCAGCACGAUGCCUCCUUCUCCCUUAUUGGUGUCGACGCCUCAAUCGCCAACGCCUUCCGUCGUACUCUUAUCGCUGAGAUCCCAACCAUAGCCAUCGAGAACGUCUACAUCGAGAACAACACCUCCGUCAUCCAGGACGAAGUUCUUGCUCACCGCCUUGGUCUAAUCCCAUUUACCGGAAACCCGGAAGGAAUCCAUAAGUUCAUCAAAUGGUACCGCAAACCUGAGCAGGGUGGCAAGGGCUCCUUUGACUACAACACUGUACAGCUGCGCUUGCGCGUCGAGUGUACUCGCAACCCGGACGCCUCGCCUAAUGAGACCGACCCAAAUGUGGCCUUCAGGAAUGCGAAUGUCUAUGCUAAGGACAUUGAGUUUGUUCCCAUAGGCCGCCAGGUGGAGUUCUUUUCUGGCGAGAACGCUAUCCGGCCCGUCAACCCGGACAUCCUCAUCGCUAAGUUGAGGCCGGGACAGUGCAUAGAGCUCGAUAUGCACAUGCAUAAGGGUAUUGGCGCCGACCAUGCAAAAUUUUCCCCCGUCGCCACCGCCUCAUACCGACUCAUGCCUACUAUCAAUAUCACGCGACCAAUUCUGGGCCAGGAUGCUGAGAAGUUUGCCAAGUGCUUCCCACAGGGCGUCAUUGGUAUCGAGAAGGUCUCGAAGAAGGAGGCUGCCAUUGCAGGCAGCGGUUACGAGGGACAUGAGGGCGAGAAGAAGGCGGUUGUCAGGGACGCCAUGAAGGACACUGUCAGCCGUGAAUGCUUGCGUCACGCCGAAUUCGAGGGCAAAGUCAAGCUUGGCCGGGUGCGCGACCACUUCAUUUUCUCCAUUGAAAGCACUGGGCAGUGGGACAGCGAUGAAUUGUUUUUGGAGUCAGUUAAGCAGUUCAAGACGAGGUGUAUCCGUCUUGAGCAGCAGGUCAUCAACAUGGUUAGAUGA